AUGAGGAGCGAGGUGGGCGAGUGGUUGGCGACAUGUGUCGGCUCGCCGAUCUGUGUCCUCCUGCUGUCCUGGUCGCUACUCAUUUACCAGAAUCAACCGGAGGUCUCUAAGCGGCGCAUCGAUGUCCUUACAGUGGCCAUACUCGCUCAGAGCCUUACGCAUCAGUUGGGUCUCCUGCUCUAUGCGAUCCUCACCCUUAUCCAUCCAGCGAAUCACUUUGGAGAAUUUUGUUCAAGUCUUGUUUGGAUUCUCAAUUCGUCCAGUAUUCUCCAGGAGCUCACUCUAACUUCGAUCGCCAUUUUCGCUGCUUUAACGGUUCAUGACGAGGGACCUACCAUUAAAAAGCAUCAUAUUAAGUAUCACUUGGUCAGUCUAACUGUGAUCAGCGCUUGUAUCGGCGUCACCGGGAUCUUAAAUUUCGAGCCCGAAGGCUGCGUUUUCCUUGCUAAUGAAAUUUCACCUAAGUAUAGCUUGUUUUUUAAUGGCUUGAGAAGUCUGCUGAUGACAACAACAAUAUUGAGCCUCCUGACUGCGCUAUUUCGGGUCACAUGUCGGUCGUCGCCGCAAUCCGAGGCCAGCUCAAAGAACUCCUCGGGUGCCUUCGAGUGCCAACACCAUCAACACUGGGAGCCCUCGAGCGGCUCCUGUACCAGCGACUCCACCAACAGCAGGGCCUGCCUGAAGAAGAGGAGGCUCGCGGUGGACGAGGCUAGCGGGUGGUCCACCAUCUAUAGCAUACUCUUUGUCUCCUACGUGUUCGACCAUCUGCCACUCUUAAUUAUUUCUAUAAGGCCAAACCUUCUGAGGAAUUUCUGCACUCCGCAAAAUUUAGCAACAUGGCUGCCGCUGUUGAAAGACACGUUCCUUCCGGUUGUACUCGCAAUUUUUGACAAAAUGUUUUGUAGAUAUGUCGCCAAAGUUUACACAAAACAAGACCAUUCAACACGAUCAACACACGGCGGCGUGGAUGGCAAGUUCCGACACUUCGAGCAGGACAACGAGUACAAGCUGCAAUUGAACCUGAACCACGGGCUGAAGUUUCCGCUGUCGAAGGCCGUGACCGGAGCCUGCGGGGCCGGAGGCAGCCUCUACGGCCGACUGCCCAACCAACAGACCCGAGGUCGAAAUGGCGCAACCUUACUGGGCAUACACCAGUAUGGACGAAGUGGACUCGCAGGUGGCAUCAGCCGCUAUGCAUCAAUUGCCCCUGAUGUCUCCUCGUAUACGGGUUCAAACUACGACUCGCGACAACGUCUCGAAUGUAAGUCGCCGAAGACGCGACGGGUAACACGCGCAAAUAGCGUAAAUAAUGCUAACCUCAGGCCGAGCCUUUCCACCGAACAGCAACACCAUCAACAACUUGACUCCAAGCGUAAAUUGAACGGUGACAUAUCCGAAUCGAAGCUCGAUAAUCUCAUGCACCUUGAUGAACAGUCAUACGGAUGUGUGGCUCGUCGACCGAAGCACUUCGCUAAGAGUCUGGAUGAGAUUCGUGAGGAGGUACCUCAACGCAAAAUACUGGUCCAGCAGGUCUCCGCAGCCGCAGUCGUCGUCGCCGCCGCCCUUCGCAGGAACCAGAGCUUCGACUUUCGCCCGCGCUACCCGAGGAUCGAACUUCCCUUCGUCAGUUCGAGGACAUACGAUGUGAAGCGCGAGUUGGCGAUCAAGAAGAAUAUUCAACAGAGCAAUAGAGCAUAUGAAGAUGACGGCGUUGGCUAUGAUACGUCCGAUGAUGAAAGCUGUGACCUUGAAAACCGUGAUUUCGAUACGAUGAGUUCCUGUCGCAGUCGAGCUCGUAGUUGCUGCUCCGUGACAACUGUCGCCAACGAUGAUUUUGAGUACUUCCAGCGCAAGGAAAUGAAGGAUUUGUCAAGCCACGUUUCUCGACCUCUUGAGACCAAAGGCAGUAUGCGUAGUUUUACGCCCCGAAUAAUUGAAGCCACGACUCGACUGGAGAAUUCGAAGCCCAUUGUCCAGUCGUUUCAACUGAAAAAGAAAAUGAUUCCGGGCUACUCACUCAAUGACCUUGAUAGGCUCAACGUGGCCGUGGCUAAACAACCGUCGCUCUCCAUCGAGAAUCUCAAGAGCAUCCUUAGGAGCUCCGAUGUCAGUUACCUGGACAACGGUGAAAUAUGCAGGCACGACAUUGGCGGGUCAGCGCCCGACUUCAAGAAGAUCUUUGUUACAGAAUUCAUUUAAAAUUUCGUGUUCUCUCUUCUCUUUUACUCAAUUUACGUAUCUCUGAACUUCUUAGACUUCACAAGAAUGAACUGUGGUGCGCCAGUAGCAAAUAGUAGUAAACAUACAUUAUA